AUGGCUAUCGAAAAUCGUGGACCGGAGCUCACAGCAGUCUGUGCAACUUUCAUCACCACGGCUGUCAUUGCUGUUGCGUUGAGAUGCUAUGUGAGGCUACGGAUCGUCCGGAACUUUGGACUCGACGAUGGGGUCAUGGUCGGAGCUCUUGUCUCGUUUAUUAUUCUAAUUGCAUUCACCCUUCUCGGCGUCCGCUAUGGCACCGGCCGCCACUACUGGGAUCUUGAAGACAACGAUAUCAUGCUAGCAAUGAAGUUUUGGUGGCAUUGCUAUCUGUGGUACUGCAUCACCAUGAUUACCUGCAAAAUCUCGAUUGGCCUCUUUCUCCUCCGAAUUGCCGUUCGCCGAGUUGACAUCAUCCUUAUCUAUACCGCCAUGACAGUCACAGCCUUGACUUGUGUCGCAUUCUUCUUUAUCACGCUAUUCCAGUGCAGCCCCAUCUCCUUCUUUUGGACUCGACAACAGCCCGGCUCCUGCAUCGACGUGGACAUAAUCAUCACGAUUACCUAUAUAUACAGCUCGUUUACGGUCCUCUGCGACUUCACGUUUGCAUUGCUGCCGAUCGCCAUGAUCUUAAAGUUGAACAUGAAUAGGCGAAGCAAGAUUGCCCUCAUUCCCAUUAUGCUUAUGGCAUGCGUCGCGAGCGCCGCCGUUGUCGUUCGCUUUGGCUAUGUCAAAGACUUCAAGAAUCCGGACUUUCUUUGGGCGACACUGGACAUUGCAAUCUGGUCGACGGUUGAAGGAGGACUCGGCAUCACAGCGGGAAGUCUGGCUACGCUCCGUCCCCUUUUCCGCAUCAUCGGUCCCAAAUUUGGGCUCUCGACGAGAGGACCCUCGAUUCUACAGGACUCGGAUCAACAUCAACCAAGAGGGUUUAGAGGAGACUCGGAAGGCACCAGAGGCAGAAAGAAAGAUGAAGACCUUUUCAGCUUGACACCUGUCAAGGGACGGAGUGAGUUAGGCAAAGUCAUGGAGACUGGCAACGAAGGGGCCCAAGACAUACAAAUGGGAAAAUAUCAUUCCUCGUGGGUUAAGCAGGGGAAGACUCAAUCAAAUGAGAGUGAGGAAGAACUCGUGGUAAUUAAUUAA